UUAGUCCUAUUAAAGCUAGCGUGAUUGCUAGUCAGUUAUCGAAUCGCCGAAUUGUUCGAACGCGUUCAAAUGUUAUCAAGUGUUUAUUUUUUCUUGGGAACUUAUGGCCUCAGGAACAAUAUUUCCUCGUCCUUAUUUAGUCUACAGCUUCGUUAACAUUUAUCAUAGAUUUUCCUGUAAAAUAGUAUGACUUAAAUAACAAAGCUGGUUUUGAGGGGAUGCAGACUAGAGAUAACCUGUUGACUUUUUUGAAUUUUAUUUUUUAAUUUCAUUAAAUAUGUUAGACUGUGUAGUCAAGAAAGCUUUCUUUAAGUUGGAUUUACUCUUUAAAUGAAAAUGUCCAGUUGUCUCAGUUUAGAAAUGCUCGAAGUUAAAAUUUUAAGUAUUUGGAGUGGGUUAAUUAUGGUAGCUUCAAUUGUAGUUUGGUUCUUUACAAACAGCUUUGUUAUGUUCGGGUUCUUUGCAGCUUCAUUAGCUACUUCAGUCAUUGGUAUGAUCUCUGUAUUUUCAAUUGUGAUUAUGAUGUCUCCCAACCACUCUACUAGCUCAACUGAUAGUCCACAAGAAAUAAGGAAAUUCCAAGAAAAUAUAAGAGAGAUGGCAUUGACAUUACAAACUGUCAAAAAUAGUCUUUCCGAUAAUCCACUAAUAAUUAUGAACAGAAGUGUCAGUACAACAUUGCAGAAUUUAAUGGAUUUGAUUUUCAGGGAUUUGUUAGAUUCUAUUCUCAAAGACAUUACUCUUCCAACUUCAUCCAUGAAGAAUGAUGCUUGGGAAGCCUUGCAUAAAUUUUACUGCAAAAUUAGCAACAUUGAUCCAGUACAAUUAAUAACACAAGAUGUUGUUGUUCGAGUUACGCGUCAUUUGGAGAAAAUUCGCCUCGCCCAAUCGAAUCCGGAGAAUAUGCGAGAUAAAAUGAUAUCAUAUAAUCUCUCAUCUUUUCUACGGAGCCCUCAAUCGGAAUUGGAGUUGGUUCGAAAAUUGGCUGACGUUAUGAUAGUGAAUCUAUUCCCACGAUCCUACGUUGACUGUUUCCUUCUACGCCAUGCUCUUGGAGAAUUACUUGCUUGCCAAGUUUUGCAACCAGGCAUCGACAGCUUGUGUGAUCCUGAUACAAUCAACCAGCAGUUAGUCUUGCACCUUCACCGAAAGCAAAUGAUGAAGAAAGAUUACGCUUACGCAGCUAGUUACGAAGAUUUUGUUUCUCUUAUUGAAGAUUGCGAUGAUCUGGAUGAACUACGUCAAAUAAGAUACAACAUUGCAACGGAAAUCGCUCAAGCUACCACCAUUGGCUCUAUGCGACGAUCUAAAGGAACAGAGCCUGAUCAGGAAUUCUUGCUCUUGGGAUCCAACAAAAUUGACCUUUUACAAGCACGUAAUUUAAAACGCUACAUUAAACAAUUAACCUACGCGAAGCUCCAGUGCGAAAGAAGACUUCGCGUUUUGGGGGCACCGUUGAGUGACUUUUCUCGUACUUCCACAUCUAAUUCUAAUUUCAAUGAUGAAAUGGUUCCUUCUUUCAAGACCGUUAUGAGGAACAACAACCUACGUCGACAACUCGAACUUUAUCUUAUUCAGCAAGGAGAAACUCAAAUUGGUCUUCUGAAAUUUUGGUUGGGCACUCAGGAAUUACGGAGGCUUGAUCGCAAAGCAGCUCUUGCAUCCGCAGCUCACAUGUUUUAUACGUAUAUUAAUGGUAGCAGUCAAAUAAUCAAACUAGAGAAAAAUUUGGUGAAAGGUAUGGAAGGGUUUAUUACUGGAGACAAAGGACCCGAGGCAUUUUUUCAAGCACAAGAUCAAGUAUGGAAGGUGCUUGAGGAUCGUCAUUACCCGUCGUUCCUAGUUGUUCUCACUUGUCAGAUGACGGGUCGUCAGGGUUGCGAGACGGAUUCUGCAACAGAUCCGCUUAGAGAGCGCCAUUUUUCUUGGAAAGAACCAUGGAUCGCUGAUGAUGAGUCAGAGGACACAACUGGCGUUAUGGAAUGGAGCGAACAGACUCAAUUUGCUAAAAGUCGAAUGGAGCAAGUUGAUGCACGUCUCGUCAUUAAACUUCAGGCAAUGACUAGUUUACGCAGUAUCGCUCCGGAUAGCUCGUUGGUAGUUGCUUUAGAAAAAGAAGUUGAGUCUUUACAGACGGAACGCCGUGAAGUCGAGAGUUGGCUCAACCAGGCCGAAUCCUGGGCUGCUCACAUGGGGCAAUGGAAAGCGACAGUAGGGAUGCCCCCACAGAAUCCCGACGAAAAGGAGAAUGUGCGAUUUCCAAUCGAAUUACACUUGGAGGAUGAAGCAGCUAUGAUCGCCGUUGCUUCCAAUAACGGAUCGACGUCAAGAAAAAGAGUGGCUAUGUCGUGGACCGUUUGGCGCCAGGUGGCGGAAUUCUACGCGCUGAUAAGCAAACUGAGUCUUACGUGUCCCUGGUUGAAAACGUCUCAACUGCCUGCUGUCUCGGGCAAGUCACUUUUUGGCAAGCUCAACGAUCGAGCUUAUUUGGAGCGAGCUCAAGAUAAACUCCAGGGCUUCCUCGACACGGUAAUGGCUGACGACCGUCUCAACAAAAGCGAAGCUCUCUUUACUUUCCUGCACAAUACUCCUGUUUGCCUCCGCCAGGCACUCGUCGUGGACGCACCCAAAAAAUCGAACCGGUUCUCUCUCGCCACGCUAUUUAAAGGGGAUACGCCCCGAGAAAGUGAUGAUGACGCAGAGCAACAACAACAACACGAUAACAACAUGGCGACAGGCGUGGAUGAAACUGACUCGCUCUUCCAGUCAGCCUUCUCUGACGAUACUCGUGAUGGUAUUGCCGAGCCAAUUUAUCAUCUGAUUAGCGAAGUCUUUGAACUUCGUGGAGUGUUUGGGUGGCUCCGUCGUACCCUAGUCACGUUUGUUCAAAUCACUUAUGGCCGCACCAUUAAUCGGCAACUACGGGAUGUGAUUUCUAGUCUUUUUACGGAUCAAGCGGUGCUUGGUUAUGUUCAGCUGCUAGUCAAGACAUGGUGGCCAGAUGGAUCCUUACUCCCUGCACCCCUACGAAGUAUCGACGAAAAGCGAAGAACCAAACUGGAAGUUCGAGACUUGCUUGUAGCAAACAUUCCGGACGUCUUCAACCAAUUGCUAGGCCACAAGAAUGCCCGACGGGGAACCCUGAAGGUCUUGGACGCUCUUCAAGACGAGCGUCUGAACAAACAACUCUUUUACGAUAUCUUGGAAGUGAUAUUGAAAGAUGGAUUUCCCGAACUAUCUUCCCUCUAAAA